UGAAGAUCAGUAAAGCAAAUACAUUGGCUCUAAAGCAGUACCCACUGAGAGAUCAAAAGGAGUCCAGUCAGUCCACAGCUCUAGUUUCCAGUGACUCUGAAGAAGGAAGGUCUGAAAGGCCUCAGAGAACACGAAGGAGUGUGGAGCAGAAAGACUUCAUAUAUGAUGUGAAGCGCUCCAAUUCUGUGAAGUCAGACAAUGAAAAAUCUGACAGUAAAAAAGCCAUUGUUCAGAAGCAGACUCAGGAAUGUGGGGAAGACCAGAGAAGCAGGUCAAGAAAGCGUAGUCUGUCUUCAAGGUUUGAGGUAGUCUCCAAGAGAGGGAGGGUCAGUGAAGAUUCACCACCAGAACCCUGCAAUGGCAGCGCAUCCCAGUUGGCUCUGCUUGAUCUUGAAGUUCCUAUUCAUCACACUGUUUCUUUAAGAAAUGGAAAAAAUGAUGCAGAACCAAAGUUAACUCUGCAGGGAUCACCACUGGCAAAGAGGAGUAGGAGUACAGAUAAUGGACCCACAAGAAGCACGGACUCCCAAAGUCCAGAGAGUGAAAGUCCUACAAGUGUGGAUGGUACAGAAAUGCCAGUUAACAGUGACAUCAAGGAGGACUCAGCUGGGGAAGAAGAGCACCUUGCUAAAGUCAGCUCUUUUAGAACAUCCUCUGAGAAGAGAAGAGAAACUGAAGUUGGAGUGAGAACAAAAGAAGUGCCCUUUUCCAAGUCUGUGGAAGAGGAAGCAAAAAGAGCAAAGUCAAAGGUAGUCUCGGGAAGUGAAGAAAACAGUAAAGAUGAUCACCCAGCAGAAGCAACACUUCUAAGCAGACGGGACAAGAGUGGCAGCAGUGCAGCAAAGGAGAAAGUCUCUGAGAAGUGUGAAGCUUCUCCCAAAAGCCUAGAAGACAAAGAUACAUCACAGACUCCACUUGACACCAUCCCUUUGCCAAAUAAAGAUAGCAGUGAAAAUCAGAUUCAGGACAAGAACAAUAGCUCAUACUCUCUUGAGAAUGGGGAUUGCGAACCCGUAGAGAAGAGGGUAGAGAAAAAGGGUGCUAGUAUGCUUAACGAUACCUCUCGCAGUGACACUGAUUCCUGUCACCCAUCCCAGAAGGAAUUUGAGAGAAAGUGGGAUAAAAAAAGAGAAGAUGAACAGAAGAAACAGAAGCAGAAAGAGAUUUUGGAUUCAAUGAGAGCAGUGUAUAACAAACCCAGAGAUGAUAUACAGGAUUAAUUGUUAAUACAUUUUUUAGAGGUAUAAAAUUUGUUCCUGAUAUACCAGUGUGUUCUCUUGGGCUUUUUUUAUGCAGGAAAUUUUUGAUAAUUGUACCUUUUAUAAUCCUUCUCAAUUCUCAAGAUGUAAGGAAGAAUCGUUACAGAAAUGUAAUGGCAAGAAUGUUAAAGUUACGGGGAAAUAUGUAUGUAUUGCACAGCGUUUGUUUAUUUAUUUUUCUGUUUACAGAAAAUUAUUGACAAGAGAUUUCUUUUUUAUUUGUUUGUUUUUGUAUUUGAUUUUAUUCAAUUUAUUUUUUAUUGGAUGAGCCUUAUUUAUUUUGAGAGAGUGAGGGUUGUGUUCACUAUUUAUCUAUUUUUUUUUU